AUGUCCGGAAGACGUCGUCGUGCGAACAUAGGUCGUAGUACAGUGAAUGCCAGAAGAGCACGUUCAGCAAGAGAUGAAGAAUCGUCAACGGAACGCGAGGCUCGCCUCAGCCAGCUCCGAGAAAGAAAUAGAACUGCGAGAGAAAGAGAAUCCUCAAUGGAGCGUGAGGCUCGCCGCAGCCAGGAUCGGGUUAGACGUAGAGUUCAGAGAGCCAGAGAAUCCUCUGUAGAUCAUGAGGCUCGCCUCAGCCAGAAUAGAAAUCGAAUACAGAGAACGAGAGAAUCAGCACAGACACAUAGUAACGCUGAACAAAACGGACAACCGAUCAGCCACAGAUGGGUAAAUAAAGAAUAUUCUGCCAUGAAUUACGAUCCUUUGAUUUGUUACAAGGAUGAUCGUAUUGUGUCCAUAGGUACUAUGUCAGUAGUGUGUGAAUAUUGUUUGGCAUUGAAGUUCAAGGACGAAUCGAAAGGUUUGUGUUGCUUACAAGGAAAAGUAAAAUUAGAAGAAAUUCUUCCUCCACCUGAACCACUUCACUCUCUGCUUACGGGUGAUCAUCCGAAAUCCAAACAAUUCAUACGCAAUAUCCGCCGUUACAAUAACGCAUUUCAAAUGACGUCUUUCAAAAGUAAGCAAGUUGUUGAGCGCGGUUUUAUGCCUACAUUUAAAAUUCAAGGGCAAGUGUAUCACUUGGCUGGGAGCUUGCUACCACUUCGACCAGAUGAUCACAAAUUUCUGCAAAUUUAUUUUAUUGCAGACCCAGAUACACAAGCAUCAACGCGGUGUUCGAUUGUCGCACAGCCAAUAGAUAUAGAUUUGAUCAGAUCUCUUCAAGAUAUGUUACAUUCUCAUAACAGCUACAUUCAGUCUUUUAAAACUGCUAUUGAGAGUGUUCCAGUAGAUACUCCAGACUACAAUGUCGUAAUCCAUGCAAAUAAAGUUCCUGUUGGAGAACACAGAGGGCGAUAUAAUGCGCCGUCCACGAGUGAAGUAGCAGUGGUAAUAGCUGGACAGCAAUUCGACAAAAGAGAUAUUGUGUUGCGCAGUCGUGAUGAUAAUUUGCAAAAAAUAUCAGAGUUACACAGAUCUUAUGACAGCUUACAAUAUCCUUUGAUGCUAUGUCGCGGAGAAGAUGGUUAUACCAUUAAUGUUCCUCAAGUUGACCCAACCAGUAGUGCACCUCUGCGUAAGACAGUGUCGUGUAUGAACUACUAUUGCUACCGUAUAAUGACAAGACAAAACAAUUUCAACUCUUUGCUUAGAUAUGGAAUGUUGACAAACCAAUACUUUGUCGAUCAAUAUGCGAAAAUUGAAUCUGAGAGAUUGGCUUACAUUCGUAACAAUCAAACUAAAUUGAGAGCAGAAAAUUACGUUCACCUUCAGGAUGCUUUACAGGCGAAUGAACACAGCAACAACAUUGGACAGUUGGUUAUACUACCUUCAUCAUUCACAGGUGGACCUCGAUAUUUACAUGAAAAAUCACAGGACGCAAUGACUUAUGUCAGACAUUACGGUAAACCUGAUUUAUUCAUUACUGCAACAUGUAACCCAAAUUGGCCAGAAAUCAAAGAAAAUAUUAAUACCAAUUUAACUCCACAAGACAGAUAUGAUAUAGUUAAUAGAGUCUUCCAUUUAAAAGUACAGAAACUCCUACACCUCAUUAACAAGUCUCAUAUAUUCGGUCCGCCGCGCUGUCAUAUGUACACUAUAGAGUGGCAGAAACGUGGUUUGCCACAUGUACAUCUGCUGGUGUGGUUAGUGAACAAAAUUAGACCAAAUCAAAUCGACAGCGUAAUUUCAGCUGAAUUACCGGUUAAGGAAGAUGAUCCCGUCCUGUUUGAAAUAGUAAAAAAACACAUGGUACACGGUCCCUGUGGGACUUUAAAUCGUAAUUCUGCAUGUAUGCGAGAUUCCAAAUGCAGCAAAAAAUUUCCGAAGCCGUUUCAAAUACAAACAUCUACUAGCGAUGACGGAUAUCCCAAAUAUCGACGACGAUCGCCAGAUCAGGGUGGGCAAAGUGCCACAGUCGGAAACUACGAUAUUGAUAACCGAUGGAUCGUUCCACAUAAUCCGCUCCUUUUAAAAAUUUUUGAUGCCCACAUCAACGUCGAGUUGUGCAGUUCAAUAAAGUCGAUCCAAUAUGUUACUAAAUACAUUAAUAAAGGUAGCGAUCAAGCUACUUUCAGCAUACAAUCACCAAAUGAAGUGGAAACAUAUCAGUCUGGACGUUACAUAUGCAGUUCUGAAGCAGUAUGGAGGAUGUUAUCAUUCGAAGUUCACGACCGAGCUCCCACUAUUGUCCACCUUGCAGUUCAUUUAGAAAAUGGACAAAGAGUAUAUUUCACUGAGAACAAUAUACAAGAAGUUGUCUAUAACCCGCGGGACACUACAUUAACAGCAUUCUUCAAGUUAUGCGCUCAAGAUGAUUUCGCGAAAACACUGACAUAUGACAGAGUUCCAACUUACUAUACAUGGAACCAGAGUUCUAAAACAUUCCAACGACGAAAACAAGGAACUGCGGUCGAUGGUUUCCCCGGAAUAAAAAAAACUGAUGCUCUUGGUAGAGUCUACGCGAUUCAUCCCAACAACAGCGAAUGCUUUCAUUUGAGAAUUUGCGGACUGCCGAUGCCAGCUAAUAUUAACUCAGAUUUAACGAAUAAUGCCGAAUACACAAGAGAAACAUCAUACGAUCAAUCGAAACUUUUACAAAAUAUAGCCCAAGAUGAGCCACGAUUGAACAUCGAUCAGAAAAAAGUAUUUACUACAUUACUAUCAUCAAUUGAUAACAAUGAAGGAAAAAUAUUUUUUCUUGAUGCCCCAGGAGGUACAGGUAAAACAUUUUUAAUUAAUUUGCUUUUAACAAAAGUCAGAUCCACCGGAAAAAUUGCAUUAGCUGUCGCGUCAUCCGGCAUUGCUGCUACGCUUUUAGAAGGAGGCCGAACUGCACACUCUACAUUCAAGCUCCCGCUGAAAAUCGCUACCGAUGAUAAUAAAAGCGUCUGUAGUAUUUCUAAACAGAGCAAUACAGGAAAAUUGAUCCGUGACUGCUCAUUAAUAGUCUGGGAUGAAGCCACCAUGUCAAACAAGACAUCUGUGGAAGCACUGGAUAGGACAAUGCGCGAUUUGCGCAGUAAAAAUGCACCUAUGGGUGGAUGUACAAUUCUGUUCUCUGGAGACUUUCGUCAAAUCCUACCGGUUGUCCCUAGAGGAACACGUGCGGACGAAAUAAAUGCUUCCCUAAAAAGAUCCAACCUUUGGCCAUACGUUAAUAAGUUAGAGCUUAAAACUAACAUGAGGCUUUCAUUAUCUUCACGUGAGAACAGGCUUUUUUCAGAGAUGCUGCUAAAAGUUGGCAAUGGAAAGUUAACUCAAAGUGAUGGAAGGAUUAACCUAGAUAACCUUUGUGUUUUGAUAGACAACAUCCAAGAUUUGGUCAACAAUGUCUAUCCUGACAUUCAUAACAUAAGUUGUAAGACUCUAUCUUGGUUCAAAGAAAGAGCCAUCCUGUCACCAACCAACGAACAAGUAGAUAAGGCAAACAACUUGAUUCUUGCAAAAAUUGAUACGCAGACGCAAAUAUACUACUCGGUCGAUACUGUUCUCGACUCGGAAGAAGCUGUACAUUUUCCUACAGAAUUUCUUAAUUCUUUGAACCCUUCUGGACUCCCUCCUCAUAAAAUGGAAUUGAAAGUAGGUUGUCCUGUAAUUUUAUUAAGAAAUCUGAAUCCUCCUAAGCUCUGCAAUGGCACACGUUUGCUGGUAAAAUCACUAAAAAAAUUCAUAAUAGAGUGCACAAUACUCACCGGAUGUGGUACCGGAGAAGAUGUACUAAUUCCCCGAAUUCCUCUGAUACCAUCAGAUUUACCGUUCCAAUUUAAACGCCUACAAUUUCCGGUAAAGAUAUCUUUUGCAAUGACCAUUAAUAAAUCGCAGGGUCAAACUUUUAACGUUGCAGGAUUAGACUUGAGUGUUGAGUGUUUUUCACAUGGCCAAUUAUAUGUCGCGCUGUCAAGAGUAACGUCUAAGCAAAACAUGUUUGUAUUGGCUAAUGACAAAAAAGCUGUGAACGUUGUGUAUAAGGACAUUCUGUAG